GCCCCUCUAAGCUCCGCGAAAAUUCCCGCGGCGCCGUGGGGACCGACGCUGGGGAAGUUCCCGCCCGCGCGCAAAGCUAGGGUGGGUUCGGCACCCCCGGCUUCUCGGGCGGGCGGGGAGAGGAGCCAGCGCCGUUUCCGGGGAGCCGGAGGUGGGUGCGGGGCUCGGGCGACCUGGGCCCAGCGGUGGGCUUUCCGUGCCGCCUGCGGGGGAGCCGAUGCUCCGAGAACAGGGAACCGGCCCAGCGGAUGCUUUCAACUUUCUUUCCCGUAGCUUGUUCUUUGGGGUCUUUUCUGAUAAGGACACUCCUUUGCUCGCCGCGAAGCACACUCAGACUGAGUGGGGCGCGCUGCAUAAUUAAGCCUCAGCCCAGACGCGGUGAAAAACACCAAUUAAAGAAAACAAACCAAGAGAGAAAACUAAAAACACAAAACCAUGUUGUGGAGACCGAGAACCGUCUGGCCUCAUUAAAUGAAUCAGCGCCGCUUCUCUACUGCUGCCCACCCGGCUAUGGUGCCGCGCGGAGCCGCUCUCCAGCCGGGCCCUCCGGCCCCCGCGCGGCCGAAUCCCACCCACGCCGGGGAAGCAGAGGCUCGGCCGUGGGUGGCCGCGCACGGCCGGGGGCCGCCCCGGGGCUCCGGCGCCGGUCCCGGGAGCCUCGCGGCGGCCGCUGCAUCUCCAGGGCGCGAGGGGCGCCUCCCUCCGGCUUGGUCUCCGGGCCCGGGCCGCUCCGGGCACAUUGCGCAGCCCAAGCCCUCCCUGGGCCGGCCGGCCUCCUCUCUCUCCACCUCCUCGGUCUCCAGACCGCGGCCGCCUAUGGCGCCGCUGCGCACUGCAGCCCCGGGCGGGCGGCCGCGCGACUGUGCCUGUGUGCAAAGACGCAGGGCCGCGGUCGUGCCGCACCAGGGCGGGGCCUCGGGAGAAUGUGUGAGUGUGUGCGUGUGUGUGCGUGUGUGUGCGUGGAUGCGGGUGCGCGGGGAGAGCGGGGAGGCCGCGGUAGCCUCCGACUCUCCACGGGGGCUGCGUACAGUAGCGCGCGGCGGCGGCGGGGGCGCGCGGGCCAAUUCCAGGAGCCCGCGGCCCCGAGCCGCGCCCUGGCUGAUACCGGAAAGGCCUGUGAUUGGCCGGCGGCCGCCCCUAUGCAAACGAGCUGAGGGAAUGGAAUUCCUCAGGCCGGGCUUACAGUAAAAGCACGUUCAUUUCCAGGCACUCUCAUUCAUAGAGCCAGCGGGCGCAGGCGGGACGGGCGCCCCGCGGCCAGACCCAGCCAGGGCACCACGCUGCCCGGCCUUGCGCCGGCAGGCACCUCUUCCUGGGGCUCCUGGGGACGCCAGAAGAAAGUCAACCCUUGCUGCUGCUUCUUGACCUGCGUUGGAGCUACGAUUUUUUUUUCUUUCGCUCUUUACUUUUGAAUGAACUGGUUUCUUGGCUGGACGUUUCAACUUCUUUCCUGCCUGUGAACUUUUCCCCGGUUGUUUCCUUUGACAACUGCAAGAGAAAGUGUGCUGUGCUUCGAGGCGAGCCGUGAAGUUGCGUGUGCGUGGCAGUGUGCGUGGGAGUGUGACUGCGUGUGUAAUUCGAGCCACCCCGUCUGUUUCGAUCUGCGCUGCGGAGCCUCCUCUCAAGGCCCGCUCCACCUGCUGCGGUUACGCGGUGAUCGUAGGUAUAGGUGCGCCCGGGCAUUUAACCGGCCGGCGCUGGGGCGACGUUGGAGGAAGAUCAUCUCGCUACUGCCCAAGUAGGGCUGACUCACCGAGUCGAUGUAGACAGUGGCUGGCUUCGGAAGAGUGCGUGUCUGCGUGCGUGUGACUCGACUGCUGCUCAACUCCCACCAACCACAGGAUCAGCCACAAACUUAACCAACAUCCCCAAAACCGAGUUCUCAGAUGUGGAGAGCUGUACUUUGAGUGUCAUCGACUUGGACUUUUUUUUUUUUUUUAAAGAUUAGCUUUUCUUUGAAAAGCUGAAUUUUCUGAACUGAGCAUUUCGCCAGAAUUUAUUAAGAGAACAUGACAAGUAUUUCUAGCCCAGCCCUUCUUCAACUACUGAAGCUUAUUUUCAAGGCUACUUAAAAAAAAAAUCAGCAGCGAACAUUAAUGGAUUUCUGUUGUGUUUAAAUUCUCUACAGAUUGAAUUGUAAAUAUUUUAUGAAGUAGAGCAUAUGUAUAUAUUUAUAUAUACGUGCACAUACAUUAGUAGCAUGACCUUUGGAAGUCGCAGUUCUUGCUUUUGAGGACCGAAGCCAGUUUUGCAUGAUGAAAGUGGCUCUGUGUAUGGAAGACACUCGUAUAUUUUGUGUUGUACUGGGACUUUAGACAAAACUCACCUAAAAAAAAAAAAAAAAAAACUGACAGGCGAUUUACUACUGGAACUUCCAAAUUAUGUAUUUGCUGGUCCUUUUGCUCUCUGUAUAAAUAUUUUAGGAAGUGUAUGGGAAUUUUGGCUUCGGGAAUUUUUUUUUUUUUUAACAGCCAAAAACUGAAGUUAAACUCUCAAAGCAAGACUCAGAAGACAGUCUCCCUCGGCAUUUGACUUUGGAUUCUAGUCGCCCAAUUUUUAAAGCAUUAAGCGGUCGGUUGCUAGGAGCCCUGCCCGGUCUGAGGCUGACCGGCAUCACAGAACUUUCCCCCUCCUGGACUGUUAGUAACUUAGUCUCCCACCUCCCCCCAGUCCCCCUCCCCCCGCGCAGCAAUAAAGGCCCCUGAACUUGUAUGUUGGUCUCCCUGGAGCUACUCGCCGAAGAUCCGCGCCCCUGUCGCCGUCUGGUAGGAGCUGUUUGCAGGGUCCUAACUCAAUCGGCUUGUUGUGAUGCGUAUCCCCGUAGAUGCCAGCACGAGCCGCCGCUUCACGCCGCCUUCCACCGCGCUGAGCCCGGGCAAGAUGAGCGAGGCGCUGCCGCUGGGCGCCCCGGACGCCGGCGCCGCCCUGGCCGGCAAGCUGAGGAGCGGCGACCGCAGCAUGGUGGAGGUGCUGGCCGACCACCCCGGCGAGCUGGUGCGCACCGACAGCCCCAACUUCCUCUGCUCCGUGCUGCCCACGCACUGGCGCUGCAACAAGACCCUGCCCAUCGCUUUCAAGGUGGUGGCUCUGGGGGAUGUCCCCGAUGGCACUCUGGUCACUGUGAUGGCGGGCAAUGAUGAAAAUUACUCAGCUGAACUGAGAAAUGCCACCGCAGCCAUGAAAAACCAGGUUGCGAGAUUCAAUGACCUCAGGUUUGUCGGUCGGAGUGGAAGAGGGAAAAGCUUCACUCUGACCAUCACCGUCUUCACAAAUCCACCGCAAGUUGCCACUUACCACAGAGCCAUCAAAAUCACAGUGGAUGGACCCCGAGAACCUCGAAGACAUCGUCAGAAACUAGAUGAUCAGACCAAGCCCGGGAGCUUGUCCUUUUCUGAGCGGCUCAGUGAGCUGGAGCAGCUGCGGCGAACGGCCAUGAGGGUCAGCCCACACCACCCAGCCCCCACACCCAACCCUCGGGCCUCCUUGAACCACUCCACUGCCUUUAACCCUCAGCCUCAGAGUCAGAUGCAGGUCAUGGCUCCCUCAGAGGGAGACACAGCGGCCUGGACAUGUCAAGACAGAACGCCAGUUCUUCUGUCCAUCCAUCCCAUCAGUCAGGAUACACCUGUUCCUCCCACCUUAUCAUCAGAAGGGGACUCGGGAAAAACAUGGGAGCCCCCAGAAUGCACUUUCUGAGGAAAGCAGAAUCUGGAUCUAUCAAUUAACACUAAAAUCGAUAUGGUGGGUAAUGGGUAUGGACUUUGGAAUUCACAUCCCAGGUUGGCCGCUCGGGUAGUUAUGUGACUUUGGGAAAAUCACCGAAAUGCUUUGCGCCACUGCUCCCCAUCUGUAAAAUGGGCAUGGUAAGAAUAGGACCUGACUCACUGGAGAGUGGUGAGCGUAAGUGAGUUCCUACGUGUAUGCGCGGGAUGCCUGGCAUGCAGUGAGCAUCGCAUGGGUUUUUUCCUCUUACCUCAGGAGCCUGCUGCGAGGAUGGAGGUAUAUUCUCAAGUAUUUAGCAUAGAGCCUGGUACACUUCACCCGCUAAAUAAAUGGUCAGUGUUACUCGUUUUACUCUUACUGUUUGUUUGUACCCGCGUGGGGGACAGUGGAGUCUCACCAGGGUGUUAUAAUCCGUCCAUCCGUCCUGUCAGAUGAGCCGCACCUCGUUUUGCAGGAGAACAGUCACCCUGCGGUGGUUUUAGUAGUGUUUUCAGUCAAGUUCCGCUUCCUUGGGGGAACUCCAACAGGCGAGCCCAUAACCACUGCUCCGCAAGAUCAAAUGGGAAUGGUGAACUGUUAGAGUUGAAAGGGACCUUACACAUCAUUGCUCAAAGCAUUUUAUUUUCCUCCUGAGACCCCCCAAGGCCCCGGGGAAGGACAGGGAUUGGCCCAGUUGGAGGCAGACCUGAACUCCCGGUCUUGGGCCUGUCCCGCCUCUGCUUGGGAGGUGGCCACAGAAUAUAGUCUCUCCUGUCAAUAUGGAACGUACACUAGGAUGUGACACUGCACUCAGCCUUCCAUGGCCUUUUUCUGGAAGUACGCUGUCUCCUCAAAGAGUAGGCCCCCACGGUUGGAGUCUGUAUCGUGUGCUUCUUGGUGCCUCCAUUUUCAAAAUGCUGAAUUCCAUGCUCUGGGAGGAGGGAUUUUUCAAAAAGGCAAGGAUAGAAUACCCCUCUCAAGGCCACGCUCUGUCCCUCUCAGCCCUGCCCCCUGGGGGACAGCAAACGGCUGCAGAGAGGCUGACAGGACACUCCCUGGCCACAAGGCCCACGUGGGCAGCAGUCAGAGAUGAACCCUGACCCGUCCCUUACUUGCAUGAAUCGGACACAUUCAGAGAAUGUGAAUGGUCAGCCUCUUCGGCAUUUUUAAUGAACCAUCUGCAAAAGGAUUUCUUUGAACCGAGUUUCACCUUCCUGUGUGAUUUUAAGUAAAUACCUCCCUGGGCUGAUUCCGCCCCCAGGCCCGGGCCCUGGAAGUCUGCUGGCGGCUGGGGCUGGCGGGCCAAAAGGAGGGCUGCAGGGCCAAAAGGAGGGCUGCAGACAGGUGUGCGAGUGUGGUGGGCGGGGCCGGGCAGA